AAACGCUGGACAUUAAAACAAAUUAGUGAGGGAGCGCGUUUCCCUUUCCAAAGUUGACUCACUUGAGUCCCACUCGGAUUCUGUGUGUGUCGGUUUGUGUCGGGGGGGCACCUCCCCUCCCGCCAAAAUCCUCCUGACCCCCACUCCGGCACCUUGCCCGACUUCCUCAACCUCUUCCCGGCUUCCGUACUCCGGGUUCGGUCAUGCCGGGGACACACCUGAAAACCGUUCUCAUUGCCAGGCAGGUGUGAGUUUUUUUUUUUUUUUUGGUUCCCAAGAGGACAGAAGAAGAGGAGGGCAUGCCCCCCGAGCCCCUCCAGGAGGAGAAGAAGUAAGAAGGAAAGCAGAAGACAAGCCGUAGAUGAUGUUCGAUCAGGCCGCCGUGGGCGACUCGAAUCACCGCCACCGCUGCGGAAGCAAGCCGCUCUGUCCGGAUGUUCCGGAGCCCAAGUGCCGCUCGCCGGCUCACAGUUCCUCCGACACCCCGGGGACGUCGUCGUCCACGCCGACGUCGUCCAGCGAGGACGGACACGACAAACUUUUAGGAGUGGACCCCGAGUACUGCCGGAGAAUCCUAGUCAGGGACGCCAAAGGCACCAUCCGGGAGAUUGUGCUUCCCAAAGGGCUGGACCUGGAUCGGCCCAAGCGCACCCGAACCUCCUUCACGGCCGAGCAGCUGUACCGCCUGGAGGUGGAGUUCCAGCGUUGCCAGUACGUGGUGGGCCGGGAACGAACCGAGCUGGCCCGGCAGCUCAACCUGUCCGAGACCCAGGUGAAGGUAUGGUUCCAAAACCGUCGAACCAAACAGAAGAAGGACACCAGCAAGGAUUCAGAUAAGCGUACGUCAUCGUCUUCGGAGUCUUUGGCCACCUGCAACAUCCUGCGUCUCCUGGAGCAGGGACGGCUCCUGUCCGGCCCGGCGCCCCCUGCCCCGAACCCCCUCCUGGCCCCUCCGCCGCUGAGCAGCCCCGGGGGCGGCUCCUCCGGCUCCCCCGGUCUGGGCGGCGGCGUCACCCCUCCCGGCUCUCUGUCCGGGGCCGCGUUCGGGCUGCCUCUGCCCGCGUUAGGCGGCACUCCGACGUCCCCCCGGCUGGCCGUUCCGCCGCCGCACUCCCUCUGCUUCUCCGUGCCUCUGCUGGGCGGCGCGCACCACGAGCUGACCUCGGCCUACGGUUGCGGCUCCUCGGCCUUCGAGCCGUACAUGAGGAUGGACCGGAAGGAGGCCGACCUCGGCGGCAAGAAAACGGUUUCCUAAAAUCGAUACCGCGGGUAUCGCGCGUAAAAGACUGCCGUUUUUAUAUGCUUUUGUCCUUUGCGUGUGAGGUGAGUGUCCGAAUGAGAGCCAGAACAGUGCUUCUCGUGCUGCGAAACACCCGGGCUGUGUCCGAAAUCGUUGAUAUUGUCGAGAAAAUGAAAAAAAAAAAAAAUUCAGAGGCGAACUACUAGCCGGUGGCAAAUCAUAAACAAUGAAUUCCUAGCUUAUUUUAUCAAGCUAGCGUAUAAAAACACACGAUUUUAUGAAAAGAGUUGUGAAUUUGCGAAUGAUUCCGAACGCAGCCCGCGCUAGAAAAAAAAAAACGUGUAGCAUUUAAAUAUGUUAUUUAAAUAUGUUUGUGGUUCUUGAUUUGCCCGUGUUUGUGCGUGAACUAAUUCUGUGGUAGCUCUAGCUCUGAUAGUUUCUUUACGGCCGCCCGACUCAACGCUUCCGGUCUCCGGCCUGUAAAUUCGCCAAAAAAAUACUCAGAGAUUUGGGGAAAAAUCCAGUUUUCCUUAAGUGAAUUCGUGACUUUUUAGCUCGUUGGCUCCUAGCGGCGGCGAUAGACGGACCAGAGUCACUCGAAAAAUUUGCUGUUUUUAGACUUUGCAGUAACUUUAGGUCGUUUACAGUUAAAACGCUGAAACGUCAACCUUUCUACUGUUAUAAUGGAUGAUAUUUCAUAAAUGACACAUUUCCCGCCAUUGACGGGGAUAGACGUUUUGACUAAGGGCGUAGGUUUGCAUAGGGAUGGUAGGGACAUAACACUAGCAACUUUUCAGGAUGCUCAAAUUGUCCCCGCUAACCUUUAAGCAAAGCAUAUUUAGGUCAUAUGAUGUAAGGAUAGAAUUGACCAUAUCAUUAUUAAGUAAAUUAUUUAUAUUAUAUUCAAACUUAGUUGUACAUUUACCCCUUUUCACUUGCUGAAUGUGCCGGUCCAUUUUCCAGGAGUGCUAUGUUGUAGCAUGAUGAACUACAGUGCAAAAUAGUUUCAUGAAAUUGGGGUGCACAUUUAAGAAACAAAUGUAAAUGAAAUACAUUAUUAUCAGCAGAAAAGACUUCCGGGAGCAGGGGUCACCAACUCCAGUCCUCGAGGGCAGUCUGGUUUCCAAGUCUCCCUCCUCCAACACACCUAAAUCAAAUAACUGGAAUCAUUAUCAGGCUAUUGGAUAGCUUGCUGAUGAGUUGUUCCUUAAUACAUAUUGACUAAUCCGAGUUUUAUGCCAUUGACAGUGAAUCACAAAAGUGAGACAACACUGACAAAAUGACACAAUGAAAAGCAGUCUGUGUGGAGCUUAAUUUAUUUUCCCCUCAAAAUAACUCAAAAUAUAGCCAUUAAUAUCUAAACCCCUGGCAACAAAAGAGAGUACAGUAUACCCCUUAGAAACUACAUCCCUCAAUGUCCAAAUUGAGUAAUGCUUGUCAUUUUCCCUCCAAAAUGUCAUGUGACUCGUGUAGGGCUGCAGCUAUCGAUUAUUUUAGUAGUCGAUUAAUCGAUGAACUAGUUAGUUCGAAUAAUUGAGUAAUCGGAUAAGGAACAUGAAAAAUUAAAAUACUAUGUAUGGAUCUAUGUAUAACAAAAGAACAAUUGGCUAACUUAGCAAAAUUCUGCUAGCUUAAAUGCUAUUAAAUGCUUUUUUUUUUUUUUUUAACAAUGCUCUUAACAAAUGGUUCAGAAACAUAUUCCCACAAAAAACGGCUAAAUAUACCUAUAAAAUAAAUUACAAAUGCAUGAAAAAAAGACAGGGUCGAACAAAAUCUUAGCUUAUGUUGGUCUUAACAGGGAGCAGAUGGAUAAAACCAUCUGAAAUUAGGCAGAUUAGAGGGCAGUGUAUCCACCCAAAUCAAUAAAACUAAAUGCAAACACUUUCAAAAUAAACCAUUACAACGCCACUUUAAUUAAACGAAUACUCGAAGCAGCAAAAUUUAAUUCGAAUCUUUUUUUCUAAUCGAAUACUCGAGUUAAUCGAUUAAUCGUUGCAGCACUAGACUCGUUACAGGAGUGCUGUCAGCAUUUCUGCGGAGAUUGAAGAGGUGGGGGGUCAGUCUGUUAUUGCUCAGACCAUACGCCGCACUCUACAUCAAAUUGGUGUGCAUGGCUGUCACCCCAGGAGGAAGCCUCUUCUGAAGACGGUA